AUGUCGAAGAUAGAUAUCUUCAAACCUAACCUUGACAAUUUCAAGUUUGAUUUUGAACAAUUUAUUCAUACUGAGGCUAUAAUUCAGAAGAAGAUUGAAAGAUCACACGAAGUCAUCAAACGACGACGAAACGCAAAUGAUAUCGUGUGUAAACAUUGGUUGAUUGGAUCAUGUUUUCGUAUCAAUUGUACCUAUUUGCAUUCCUAUGAGUUUGAUAACAUGCCAUCAUGUCCAACCAUGAAAAAGUUUGGAUCAUGUAAGAGAGAUGUUUGUGUGUUUUCUCAUAGUUUAGGUGUUAAUAGUAACAAAACUCAAAAAAAGUGUCGAGCUUAUGAGCGUGGAUUUUGUAAAUAUGGGCAAACUUGUAAAUACAAACAUAUACGUCGUGUGUUGUGUGAUCUUUACUUGUCAGGAUUUUGUCCGCGGGGUUCGACAUGUCCAAAUGCACAUCCAAAGCAUUUCACAAAUUCUUUCAAAUCAAGACAAAGCAAACCUCAAUAUCAUGGAAAGGAAAUGUAUGGAUUCAGAAAAGCCUGGGAAUACAGAAUAAUGGAAUUGCCUUAUUAA